AUGGAUGGGGUUGGUGAGUAUCGGAAUCGCCUAAAGAGGUUUUAUGAAGUUUAUAACCCUUCUUGCCUUUCCUCAGUGGACGCUAUUUUGACAACUUACCGUGGUAGAGAGGAGGAUAUUUUUCGCGUGUUAGUAGACAAAUAUGGACCUGAACCGACUCCGCAGCAGAACGUUGAGAGACCGUUAAAUGUGCCAGAACCUAACCCAAAGCAUUCCGAGGAUGUUAUUCCUAGGAAUAAUCACAGUUUUUUUUCCAUUGAUCAUCUUGAGAAGACUUCUGAUUUUCCCGCAGACUCUGAAUAUUGCGUAAUUCAGGAGGGAAAAUGGAGACCAUCACCAGAUAUGAAGGACAACAAUAAAUCGACUGAGAAAAAUACUUCUCUCUCUAAUGAGUCUGAGAAAGGUGACAUGAACAAGUUAAGGGAAAGGUUAAUAGAAUUUUAUCGGAUUCAUAAUAAGUCAAUGAUACCAUUUGUAGAUGAACUAAUUGAUAAUUAUGGUGGAAAUGAACAAAAAAUGUUUACUGAUCUUCGUCGUCAAUAUAAUGACUCAGAAAAGGUGGAAACAUCUGCUUCUAUUACUUCCUUUGAUGAACUAAAUGACGUAAUUAAGCGUUUGAGUCACGCUCUUGAAGUGAAAACAAGAGAGACUCUUACUCUAAAAAAAGAGAAGGAAUCACUUUCCAAAGAACUUUCCACUACACAUAGGGCAUUAGAUAAUUUUCAAGAAGAAGAAAAAUUUCUAAGAACCAAAAUGCAAGCUUUAGAGGAACAGUUACAAGGAAAACGUGUUAGUGUUACUCUUGAGACCAAAAAUAAUGAAAUAGCUACGUUACGAAGUGAGAAAGAGGAUCUUACAAGGAAGUUGGCGAGUGCAAAAGAACUAUUAAAUGACUAUCAAGAAAGAGAGAAACAACUUGAAUUACAAUUACAAAAUGUAAUGAAACAGAUACAUAUGAACGAAACAUUGGUUUCUAAUGGAUCUCUAAAGAUUAACGAAACCCAGAAUGAAGAGAACUCACUCCAUAUUCAGUUACUAGAAGCGAAGAAAGAGUGCAAAGAAGUUAAGUCAUCUUACCAUGGAUUAAAACAUCGUAUUCGUGUUCUUGAGCUUGAAAAACAACAAAUUCUUGAUGAACUUAAGAGUGCAGAAAAACGUAGUUCGGAAAUAAGUGAUUUACUUUUGAUAGAACACCGAAAAAAUCUUUCUUUACUUGAAGAAGUAGCUGGAUUAAAAUUAGCUGUUGAGAAGCCUUCUAAUGAGACUGCUUUUACAUCCAUAGUUAGUGAAAUUGAAGCUCGCUUUUCUCAACAUUAUGAAGCUGAAUUACAACGGUAUCGAAAAGAAAUGAAUGAGUAUUAUCUGUACGCAGAAGAACAAUUACGUCGCCGUGAUACACUUAUUGCGGAAAUGAACAUUGAUAGCUGA